AUGCAGCAGCGGAUGGGUAGACCACAUCUGAAGCUCCUGCAGGAGGUUGACACCAAAUGGAACGGCACAUACAUCAUGCUGCAGCGGUUAUAUGAGGAGAGAGAGCCAGUUGGUGCUGCCCUAGUGUCAAUGAGGACAGACCUUGCACCCAUCACUGCUGAGGAGUACCACUCUGUUAAAGAGUGUGAUGGUCUGUGGGAUCUGCUGGACAGCCAUGUGGUGGAGAGGCAGGUGAGGAAUGCCACCGCAGAUGCUACAGCUGAAGUCCAGAGAUACAUGGCGGAUCCUUUAAUUCCCCGGACGGAGGAUCCACUCCACUUCUGGAGAGAUGAAGCAUCUAUCAAAUACCAAGAUGUUAUUGAGCAUAUGAAACUUUUACAGCUGUUGACACAAGAAGAUGAAGAGGCUCAGAGACGCCAGGAGGCUGAACUUAAACUGCACAGAGAUGCCUUUGUGGAGUCCCUUAAUGGGCCUUACCUGUUUAUGAUCAUGUUUCAAGAUGAUCCAGAGGCAGAAACACUGUGCUGCGUUCCAGGAAUAGCUUCACUAAAAUCGUUCCUUGAAUUCCUUGACCUUGCACUUGCGUUCAAGCACCAAAUGGUGGAGCUGUCAGAGCACAAACGAAGGGAGGCAGAGAGUGGAGCAGAGUUUCGGCAUUUAUCCAUUCCGGACGCGUUUAAGGUCAAGACCAACCAAAGCAAUGAAAUCGACCAGCUCUGCAAAAGCCUCAUGACACUGGAGUUUCAGGCCAUCAGCCAGCUGGAGGACAACAUCAGAAAGUUGGAGCAGAACAUCUCAGACACGGUUGACAACUUCAGCAAAACUGCGCUCGACAUAUAUCCUUUUUCUACACAGAAAUACACGGCGAUGGAUGCACUGGCCACCGGCCACGAUAUCCACCUGCUGAAGAUCAGUGACCGAGAGACUAAUCAAGACAAAGAACUCAAACUGAACCGCAUGCGCAUCUCAGACACCCAGAGAUUUGUUGAAUAUUUGAAGGAGCGGCUGGAGUUGUGACAAAAACAGUAAUAUGUUCCCCAAAAAUAUUUGUUUGUGUAGUUUCACAGCCUGACUAAACAAUUAAGAUACAUUUCACUGUGUGCAAGAAUUUUUAUGCUUUAUAAUUGUAUUUACUUGUAUUAUA